CAAGUCAUUAUUUUCGUGAUGUAGCUGUAGCUGGGGAGAGAUUGGAGAUCACCAGUUGGUUGGAGGCAGCUUGUCUAGAGGCAGCUUGGUUGGAGAUCACCAGUUGGUUGGAGGCAGCUUGGCUAGAGGCAGCUUGGUUGGAGAUCACCAAUUGGUUGGAGGAAGCUUGUCUAGAGGCAGCUUGGUUGGAGAUCACCAGUUGGUUGGAGGCAGCUUGGCUAGAGGCAGCUUGGUUGGAGAUCACCAGUUGGUUGGAGGCAGCUUGGCUAGAGGCGGAGAGAGGAGUGAGAGCAGGCAACGGAGACGAGCAAACGACACCAGCUGAAAGACAGAUAAGACACAGGCAUGCGUCCCCGCUCCAGACUCCUGGCUAAGAGGGGCCUACCCACUAUCAGGGAGGGAUAUGAGGAGCUGGUCCAGGACAUGAACCAGGCCAACAGCCUCCACCUCCCUCCCCAUGGCCAGGUCCACUCCUCUCUGUCUACCCAGGACUACUUCCUGUCCAUCUGUCAGCUCGCCUGCCCAACCUUCCCACUGGCCCAACCUGACUGUGACAUCCUCACUGUAGGCUCGAUGGCCUCUCUGAGGCCCUGCCUGAGGCUGCACAGACUGAGGGACCCUGUGCCACUCUGUCAGCCUCUGAUUUCCAACGUCAGCCACCACACACAGUUAGAGCAGGAGGAGAGUCAAAGUGAGUGUAGUGGCCCAGAGAGAGUGGUGAAUGUCAGCUCAGGUCAGACCUCCAGUAGGGUUCUCCCCAGUGUCUCUGACCCCCUAGAGUUCAUCUACGGUCAUGGGGAGGAACUCCUCUUAGCUGCCUGUCACGCCCCUGACUCACAGGGCUGUAAGGGUGAGGGGAGAGAGAGUGUGACCCAGCUUCGACCACAACCCCCGCUACGCGCCGACAGUUUCCCACGCAUGUGUUCCGCGCCUCUGACACAGCACAAAGGCAGCUGCCCUGAGCUCUGCCUGAUGGACCCCUCUGACCAAGAGAAGCAAAACCCUGACCCUGCUCCACCACAGACAUCUUCAUCAGACCAGCAGAAACCUGAUGCCUCCAGCCCACUCUCCUGGAGGUUCCAGAACGACUCAGACAGGGCCCCUGCUGGUGGGAGGGGGAAGUGCACUCGCUACAUGGACAAACACACAAUGGUAUCACACUGGAUCGCUGACUGUCGCUCGGCCUGGAGAGAAGCCAGAGUCAGGGUGUGCAUGCUUCCUGCCAUUGCAGAGAUGUAGACACAUAGAUCAGGUACAACCCUGUUAAGCCCUGCUGAGUAUUGUACAUAAUGGAUCCUUGAUGUACUAUACGUCCCACUUGAUUGGUAUGUUUGGACAAUGCAGGCCCAUAUUGCAACAUCUUCUCCUCGAUGACUUUUCAGGCCUGACCUUUUUGUUUUACACUUUGUAAUUUAAGACAUAUUGUAAACUAGCGUAUGCCUCACAAAAUAUCACAGUCGGUGGAAAGUUGAUCAUGCCUUUAGAAGAUUUUGGAAGACUAGUAUUUGGGUGAAUAAAGGUAUGUGGAAAAGAUGCUGAAUUUUCUAUGAUUAUGUACAAAGGCCUAUCAUUAAAAAACAUGACGGAUCCUAAUCUUUCCGGUGUAGCGAGUUAAUGAUUCCAUAACUAUCGCACUCCGUUCUUUGCUAAUGAUAACUCUGGUCAAAUCCAGUUGGCAGCUAAAACAGGAAAACCAUUCUACUUUGAGAGUUUCAUAACAAGUGAAAUGGUACAGUGUUAGAAACGGAACUGAAGAAAAUGUGAUCCUACAGCUAGUUCAGGCUCCCUAUAGCAGAGUAUUUCAACUCAGAUUAUUCCCAGUGGUUCUGAAAAUGCUUCUUGCGAUUUCCUCUUCCCUGUAUGAUAUAGGAGUUAUGCAAUGACAAUGUAGGUGUGUGCAAAACUGAGCAGUCUGUUUCAAUCUUCCACUUACUAAAGCCAUGAUGAAAUAGUACAGAUAUUUUCAAUCAUAUCAUGUAAUUCCCACUGAGUGAAACAGCAUGUGAGAUUGUUGUAUUUCACUUUUUGAUUGUGUGUUCUAAUGGUCCUCCAUGUUGUACAAUGUCUGUCAAAAUAUAUCAAUUGAAAGACAACAAUAUUAUCAUUGACUUGUAAACGGUUGAGAGUUCAAUCAUGCACCCGAGUGGCGCAGCUGUCUAAGGCACUGUAUGGCAGUGCUAGAGGUGUCACUACAGACCCGGGUUUGUUUCCAGGCUAUGUCACAACCGGCCCGUGAUCGGGAGUCCCAUAGGGAGGAGCACAAUUGGCCCGGCAUUGUUCGGGUUAGGGGAGGGUUUGGCCGGGGGUGGUAGGCCGUCGUUGUAAAUAAGAAUUUGUUCUUAACUGACUUGUCUGGUUCAAAAAAAUAUUUUAUCAUUUAUAGUACGGCUUUUGUACCUCUUUCCAUUGUUGACCAGUAAUCUAAUAAAUUAUGUGUUUCACCCUG